CCUCACAAAUAUUCGUCUGUAUUCCUUUCAUCUUUCUCUCUCGAGGACGCACAAACAGUUCCUUUUCUGAAAAUCGCCCUAACCCUCCACAGAUCAAAACCAUCUCUGAGAUUCAGCUCCCCUUUCUUUCUCUCUCUAUAUAUGUAGAUCACGAAUCCUCAUUCUAGAGAGAGAAACUCUCCGAACAAAAAUCCGACGUCUACGAUGGGAGAGAGCUCAAUUGGCGCCACGGUCCCCUUCGUUAAAGCCGAAGCCUUGCUGGAAUCCUCCGCCGGACCUCCGGUUCCGCCGCCGCUGCAACCGGCGGAGGAGGAUGUGGCCAUGGAAGACGCCGACAAGGACAUACUCUGUCCGAUAUGUAUGCAGAUUAUAAAGGACGCAUUCCUUACUGCUUGUGGCCAUAGCUUUUGUUACGUGUGCCUCGUUACUCACCUUCGCAACAAGAGCGAUUGUCCUUCUUGCGGUCAUUACCUCACUACCGCCCAUAUCUUCCCCAAUUUCUUGCUCGACAAGUGUCUGAAGAAAACUUCGGCUUCUCGAGUAGCAAAGACUGCAUCUCCGUUUGAACAUUUUCGUCAGGCAUUACAGCAGGGUCUUGAGGUGUCAAUUAAAGAGCUAGAUGAUCUACUUUCUCUCCUGUCAGAGAAAAAGAGGAAAAUGGAGCAAGAAGAAGCCGAGACAAACAUGCAAAUCAUGCUCAGUUUCUUACAUUGCCUGAGGAAGCAAAAGCUAGAAGAGCUCACUGAGAUACAAUCCGAUCUUCAGUACAUUAAGGAGGACAUAAACGCUGUAGAGAGGCGAAGAAUAGAUCUGUAUAGGGAAAAGGAGAGAUUCUCGGGAAGAAUGAGAAUGCUCGUCGAUGAUCCUAUUGCGGAAAAGGCGUCACCUUCUUUUGAUAAACAUGCUAAUGGCAUCAACUACAGUGUCUAUUCUGCACAUACCCAAAUGGGUUCUGGCAGUUCACAGAACAAGAAGCCUGAUGCAAAUGCUCUAGCAAACUUCCAGGCACUCCAAAGGAAGGGUGCUUAUGGUGCGGAAGGUUUGCAGUCUUGUACUCCGUCAGGACUAGCUCUAGAAAGGAAAAGACAGGUCUAUUCACAGUUCAACGACUUACAAGAGUGUUACUUGCAAAAGCGACGAAAUUGGAUUAAACACUUACAUAAAGGGGAUGAACGGAGCACAAAAAAUUCUAGCAAAGAAGAUUAUAGUCCAGGUCUUGAAGAUUUUCAGUCCGUGUUAAAUACCUUUACACGAUAUAGUCGAUUGAGAGUCAUUGCCGAAUUGAGGCAUGGUGACAUUUUUCAAUCUGCUAACAUUUUGUCCAGUAUUGAAUUUGAUCGUGAUGAUGAAUUCUUUGCCACUGCUGGAGUUUCACGGCGCAUCAAGGUUUUUGAAUUUUCCUCGGUCGUUAAUGAACCAGCCGAUAUCCACUGCCCUAUUGUUGAGAUGCCAACACGAUGUAAACUUAGUUGUUUGAGCUGGAAUAAGUACACAAAAAGCCAUAUCGCAAGUAGUGACUAUGAAGGGAUAGUAACUGUUUGGGAUGUAACUACGCGUCAGAGUGUGAUGGAAUAUGAGGAGCAUGAAAAGCGAGCUUGGAGUGUUGAUUUUUCACGUAGUGAACCUGCAAUGCUUGUAUCUGGCAGUGAUGACUGUAAGGUCAAAAUUUGGUGUACAAGGCAAGAAGCAAGCGUUCUUAACAUCGACAUGAAAGCAAACAUUUGUUCUGUCAAAUAUAAUCCUGGAUCCAGCAUAUACGUGGCAGUUGGUUCUGCAGAUCGUCACAUUCAUUACUAUGACUUGAGAAAUAUCAGCCAACCCUUGCACGUAUUUAGCGGACAUAUGAAAGCUGUUUCGUACGUGAAAUUCCUGUCUAACACUGAACUUGCUUCAGCAUCUACUGACAGCACAUUGCGCUUGUGGGAUGUAAAGGAUAAUUUGCCUCUUUGCACGUAUCGAGGCCACACGAACGAAAAGAAUUUCGUUGGCCUAACAGUAAAUAGUGAAUACAUUUCUUGUGGCAGCGAGACAAAUGAAGUAUUUGUCUAUCAUAAGGCAAUCUCUAAGCCCAUGGCAUGUCAUAAGUUUAGUUCUUCAGGGUCAAAUGAGAAUGAGGACGACGCAGGGUCAUACUUCAUUAGUGCUGUGUGUUGGAAGAGCGAUAGCCCGACAAUGUUAACCGCAAACAGCGGAGGAACAAUUAAAGUCCUAGUACUUGCACCCUGACUAACUGAGUGAUUAUUCAUUUAAAAAGUAGUGAAACAUUAGAUAUCAACAUUGUUGAAUGUUGAUUGCCUUAAGUCUUAUGGAACUCCGAAGAAAAUUAAAUUAAAGAAGGGGAUAAAAUGGUAGUGUCUGCGUGGUCUUGACGGGUUGGGAAUCUAUUAGCCCAUUUUUUUAUUAGAACCCUUCAGAAAAAUAAAAAUAAAUUUUGAAAUUAAAAAUUGUAUAAGUGGCAAUCAUUUUCUUAUCUCUCAAUAA